GUAGCUGCUGCCGCGCCCCACCUCUUCGGGGUGGCCUCUCCCGAGUCCGGACGCUGGAGGGAGGGAGCGAGCGAGCGGCCCGGCCAGGCUCAGCUCGGCCUGGCCUGCGGAGCCGGCAGCGUGACCGGCCGCCAGUGGCCGUGGCUGGACUUUUGAUGAUGUCGUGUUUUUCAACGAGAGUGAAGCAGAAGCUGGGCUUUGGUUGGUUGCCCUACGCCCUGUGAAGAAGCAGUCAUGUCGGUGAUGGUGGUGAGGAAGAAGGCGAUGCGGAAAUGGGAGAAGCUGCCAGGCAGGAACACCUUCUGUUGCGAUGGUCGCAUCAUGAUGGCUCGGCAGAAGGGCAUCUUCUACCUGACGCUCUUCUUAAUUCUUGGCACCUGUGCCCUCUUCUUUGCUUUUGAGUGUCGCUACCUGGCAGUUCAGCUGUCUCCUGCCAUCCCUGUCUUUGCAGUAGUUCUUUUCCUAUUUGCGAUGGCCAUGCUCCUGCGGACAAGUUUCAGUGAUCCCGGUGUGAUCCCCAGAGCCCUGCCUGAUGAGGCAGCCUUCAUUGAAAUGGAGAUUGAGGCCACCAAUGGAACUGUGCCUCAGGGCCAGCGCCCACCCCCGCGUAUCAAAAACUUCCAGAUCAACAACCAGAUAGUGAAGCUGAAGUACUGUUAUACGUGCAAGAUCUUCCGGCCCCCCCGUGCCUCGCACUGCAGCAUCUGCGACAAUUGUGUGGAGCGCUUUGACCAUCACUGCCCCUGGGUUGGGAACUGCGUGGGGAAGAGGAACUACCGCUACUUCUACCUCUUCAUCCUCUCGCUCUCGCUCCUCACCAUCUACAUCUUCACCUUCAACAUCGUCUACGUGGCGCUCAAGUCCAUGAAGAUUGGCUUCCUGAACACGUUGAAAGAGACCCCUGGAACGGUACUGGAGGUGCUUAUCUGUUUCUUCACCCUCUGGUCAGUGGUGGGGUUAACCGGAUUCCACACCUUCCUGGUGGCUCUGAACCAGACGACCAACGAAGACAUUAAGGGGGCGUGGACUGGGAAGAACCGGGUGCAGAAUCCCUAUAGCCAUGGGAACAUUGUGAAGAACUGCUGUGAAGUGCUGUGUGGGCCCCUACCCCCCAGUGUGCUGGACAGACGGGGUAUCUUGCAGCAAGAGGAGAGCAGUGCGCAGGGGGAGAGCACUCAGGGGCCCAGCACUCAGGAGCCCAGCGCGCCGGAGAAGAGCAGCACUCAGGAGCCCAGCGCGCCGGAGAAGAGCAGCACUCAGGAGCCCAGCGCGCCGGAGAAGAGCAGCACUCAGGAGCCCAGUGCUGCUCAGGUACUUGGUGCGCAGGUAGUGGGCAGCGUUCGGGAGGGCAGCAGCAGCCCCACGCAUCAAAGUGCAGUCCCCAUGCUGCCGCUGAGCCCCACUGGGAUGCCAGAGGAGGCUCAGCCUUCUGCUGUGGCGCUCCCAGCACAGCCCCGGGAUGAUGGGCCAACCGAGCACUAACCUCUGCUCGAAAGGAGAACAUUGUUUGUUCUGUCCAAUCAAUGCCAGAAGUGAUUACCAGGCGGAGAAGGCCGGCUGGCUGGCAGACGAGCAGACCACCCCUCACUGAGGGGAGCAGAUGGGCUGGCUGGCAGGUGAUUCUUCAUGGCCAUUUUGCUUUAGUCUUUAUUCACCUCGAUUGUGGACAGGAGUGCGUCUGGCUCAGGUCAUUGCCAAUGGAUUCUAAGAGCGAGCAGAGCAUGUCAGUCAUUGGUAGAGACCUUUACCCUUGCAGCUGGUCUCGGAACAGGCUGAGGUAGGACUUCUCGCUCUGCAGUUGGUCCUUAGUGCUAAAUGCUAGCCUGGCCGUGGCCCUCUCUUUCUGCCCCAGCAGUCGUGUCUGACAUCGGCAGCUGCCCUGCAAUGGAGUGACAGGAUUGAGGAAUCAUGAUGGGAAGGUGACUGUGACCGUGGCAGUGUUUGUCUCUCUCCCUCCCCCUUCUCCCUCUGUCUGUGGCAUUAUUUUAUUGUUUAAGGUGGUGGGGUGGCCAGGAAAUACUGUCUUGGGUGCCAGGAGGGCCAGAAACCCCUGGGCAGGCAUUCCCCCUGGGGAUGGUUUUCUGUAGCUUCCUUCCCAAACUUCCCCAUUAGUGACUAGCAGGCAUUAGAGGUCCUUGAACAGUCAUGGAGUGGGCAGCCUCCUUUGCCCUUUGGGGAGUGCACCUUUCACUGCAGGAGUGUGGGGGGAGAGCAAUGCCAAGUGCAGAGCUCGCUACUCUCUUGACCCUGCAUCAGCUGCAGAGCAGUUGCACCAGGGAAUCGUGAGGGAAGAGCCCUCUUGGGUCAUGCACUCUGUUCCUGGGGCCAGGGCAGGAUUUGUUCCCUAGUGCCUUGUCGACUCCUGUGUUUGCUGCCCCAAGCAAUGGGGCUUCCACCCCUUCCCUGGGGAGGCUGUGCCCCCAUUUAAGUAAAUGAUAAAAAGCUCUUUCCCUCUCUCUGCCCCGGUUGGCUCUGAAUUCCCUUUGUCAGGGGUGCCUAGGCCUUGCUACAUUAUUCCAGGGCCCCCCAUGUGCUUUUCCACCUGGAGCAGCUCUGGCUGCGAGGGGUUCCGCUAGCUGGGACAAGGGAUGGGUGGCCCGUUCACAGGGGCUGUUGCCUUGGGAGAAGGAGCUCUUUGGAGCCUGACUCCUUGCUCCUCCUGUCUGCAUGAGCCAGGCUCCUGGGGGCUCCCAGUCUCAACUCAAGGGCUGCUUUGAGGCAGCUCAGCCAUCUUCUUUGUGCCAUCUUCACUCCCUGUCUCCCACCAAGAGAUGUUGAGUGGGGCUAAAAGAAGGAGCCCUUCUGUGGCAACCCCUUGCGCCCCCUGGGGAGGGGUGUCCCCUGCCUGCCUGUCUGUUGGAAUUCCCAGUCUCUACGUAGGGGGAAUGCCUGAUUCUGUUCAAGAGGGCACUCUUAUUCCCCUCCACUUGUGGUAUGUCCUAGGGUGAGAUCCUGGUGUGGAGGGAGGGAGGAAUUGGGGUUACUGAGGUGUCUGACCUGCUUCCCCCCCACAAGCUUGAGGCAGGAGCCCCCCCACCCCCCGCAUCUUGUCCCACAUUUACUGGCCUGUUAGUAACUAGUUCUCAGAACUGUCUGUCUCAUCUGGCACUGGAGGUGAUCCUAGCAUGUGAGACCUGCACUGUGCCCUGUCUCCCAGCACUCCCCUUACAGCAGAUGUGUGCUGAGAGUCCUGAAGGGCAGUGCUCUGCAGAGUAGUGGGGGAGGUUGGAGCUGCCCUACCUCUCUGGCUCGAGGGCAGCUCUGUUGAGAUCUGGGGGCAGGGUCCUUCCUGUUACUCCCUUGGCUGUGUGGCCCAGCCUCUUGACCCAUUCAGCCUUAAAGCUCCCGCUCUAUGCUGGCUUGAUGCAAGUGGGAUGGCCAGGGUAGAAGGCACAAAGGCAUUCCCACUCUCCCCCCCCCCCAUCUCUACAAUUGAGCACAGUUAAAAAUUGCUGCCUCCUUUAGCUCCAGCUGGAUUGUGUUGUCCCUUGGAGAACUGUCUCCUCUUCCCCUGCUGGGAGAGCACAGAGGAGGAGCCUUGAGUCUGGCUGGCCCCUCUGAGAUCACCGAGGCUGUGCUAGGUUCUGGGCUCUCCACACCCCUCCCCCUGGAAGACUUAGUCCUGUGGGUGGGACUUGUCCCCACUGCAUAGGCUCAGCUCUCUGCCACUCCAGUGGUGCUCCACUCCCUGCCCAUGCUAGCGCCCCCUGCCUGCUGGGGACUGUGUUGGAGGCUACAGCCAAACUCUUCCACCUGCCCCCAACAUGCUACCGACCAAAUCUCAAAGUUGUUGCAAAAAAUGUAUUUUUGUUUUUACUAAUCUAUUUUCUAAUGUACCGUGUCAAACUCUGCCCACUGUGGGGGGGCCCCUCUGGUGCCUCUUGCACCGUGGCUCCUUUUCGGAUCCGUUAAGUUUCUCAAUGAAGGAAGUUUUUUUGUGUUUUGGAUUUUUUAAACAAAUGAAGGAAUCCUAAUCAGUUUGAAA